AUGGCACAGAGUCAGCUCCCUCCAUUUGCGCAGGCUACAGCGGGCGCGCUGGGGUCUUUGACGAGCAACACGCUCGUAUACCCGCUCGAUCUGCUCUCCACACGAUGCCAGACGCAGUCGCGCGGACGCGACGGCAAGGGUGGCUACCGCUCCAUCGGCGCUGCGCUCUCGGAGAUCAUCCAGCAAAACGGCAUCAAGGGCCUGUACCAAGGCCUCGCGUCCGACUCGAUCUCCAACACGCUCUCCAACUUCCUCUUCUUCUACUUUCGCUCGUUCUUCAUGGAGCACAUCCAAGAGCGUAAGCGCGCCAAGCUCCCACCUUCGUCGGCUGGCAAGGGUAAAGGAAAGUCGAUCGUCAUCACUGCUGCCGAAGACCUCGCCAUCGGUGCACUGGCAGGUAUCGUAUCGAGGCUCUUCACCACGCCGUUGUCGAAUGUGACCGUGCGUAUGCAGACAUCCGCCACGCCAAAAGCAAAGAACAAGGAAACCGAAGCCAAGCAGGCCGCAACGGGUCAGCCUAGUUCGGACAGCGAAUCGGACGACGAGGGUGGCUAUGCCGAGUCUCCUGGGAUUAUGGAUGUGCUGCGCCAGAUCGUAGACGAAAAGGGCUGGCUGGGAUUGUGGUCCGGAUUCGAGACUGCAGCCAUGCUGAGCAUCUCGCCGGCACUGACGUUCUACAGCACCAACGCCGUAUCGACGCUACUCAUCCCCAAGGAGCGCAGGGAAAAGCCAUCGUCGCUCCAGACUUUUGUGACUUCGGCCAUCGGAAACAGCAUCUCGACCAUGAUCGUCUUCCCACUCAUCCUGUGCAAGACGCGUCUGCAGUGGAGGAGUCCGUCGGGACGAAAGAUGUACCGGAACCUGCUGGAUGUGCUGCGCAAGACCAUCAGGCGCGGUGGAAUCGCCGGCCUGUACCAGGGCCUCGACACUCAGCUGCUCAAGGGCCUUUUCAGCUUCGGAACGACUAUGAUGGUCAAGGCGCGCAUCGAGACGCUGUUUGUGAUGCUCUUCCUCGCCGUGCGCAACAAGAAGGCGGCGCUGGCAUGA